AUGAGGGCCAACUUUGCCCGCCAUGGGCGGCGCCUCCUGGUCUACCGCGUCAGAGCGCCAUCCUGUCCCCUAUUAACUUCUUCACGUCCUGCGAGAAGUCCCCCAUCAUCUGCGACGACGGUGUGCCCGCGAUUCGAGCGCACCUUUUUCAACACCCUCUUCAAGAAGCCGCCGCGCGAGAUUCGACAACCCGAGUACGAGCCUGGAUGGAUGCACAUCAUGGUCUGGCGGAGCCGCAUGCUCGACAACCUGCGGCCGCAGCCUAGGCGCGAGCUCAUGGAAGCGUGGCGUCGCCUCAUGCAGGCCAAGCUCAAGUCUCGCGUGCCGCUCAACAGCACACAGGCGCUGCAGUGCCGACGCCUGCUAGAGUACCUCUCCGACCAGCGCAUAAGCCUCCAGGAGGACUUCAACGUCAAGCCCUUGACGGCGGCCGACCUUGCCAUGGCACGGCAGGUCCUCCUCGAGAUUGAGCCGAGUGAAACGACGCAGCACCACGUCGACUUUGCGCGCGCGCUGUACAAGGCGUGGAUGGACAGCGACUUUGCACGGAAGCCUCGUGCCGUGGAGCUGCAAUGGACAUAUCUUGUCAGGGCGCUGUCGUUGUAUGGAGGUGGGGUAGAGGCCAAGGAGAUGCUGUAUGAGAAGUGGGACAUGAGCGAGUACGCCGUCUUCCUCACAGGGGACGCUCAAUUACUCCAUGUUGUUGCGCAGGCCCUCGCCAGAGAGGGCAAAGAAGCCGAGCUUUUGGAGCUGGCGAGGCACGCGCAAGAACGGGGUAUCGCCCUCGAUGCCAACCUACAAUCUGUCAUUGUACAAUACUUUGCCGGCCGCGACCGAAUUGAGGAGACAAAGGCCUGGUUCGCCAAGCCUAUUGCGCAGAAUCAAUGCCAUCCGGAUACUUACCGCGCCGUUGCGUCCUUUGCGAGACGCAAUCAGCUACAAGAAUGGGCAAUGCCAUUCUUUUUGGAAUUGGGCGAGUCCACACCAAGGAGGCGACAUUGGGAUGCUUUGCUGCAGUCGAUUCUACUGAUGGGACGCAGCCUCGCCCAAGUUGGCACCAUGAUGGACCAUAUGGUCGACCGCAGCGGUGACAUUAAGCCUACCAUUCACACAAUAAAUGGCCUCCUCUACGUGGCUGUCGAGCUCAAAGACUACCAGCUUGGUCAGGAUGUACUGCAGCUCGGCGAUGACAAGGGCAUCAAAGUCAAUGGUGAAAGCUACAUGCAUAUGCUGCGCUUGUGUCUCGAAGCCAAGGACUUUGAGCGCGCACAACAUGCCUACGAACAAGUCAUACACCUCGAGCCCUGGGGCAGUGACUCCGACUCCGAUUUGCAGCUUCAAUUCGGGCGGCUCGUAAAUCACUACCUCGUCACACUCGCCAAGCAAAACCCCCCCAGCUUCCCCCUGAUUCUCUCCAUACUCCAUACGGUCGAAGAGCUUGGCCUUCGCCUAGAACCCGCCACCGUCUCAACAUUAUGCCUGCGUUUCCUGGAAAACGACCAGCACUUUGAAGUCAUGGACAUUCUCUCCAUCAAUACCUUUCUCUUUAGCGAAGCCGAGCGCGAGGUCGUGCAGUCUGCCUUUAUCCAGUUCUGCCUGGACCCCAAAACGAGCACAGCGCGCGCGUGGGGAGGCUACCAGCUACUGCAGCAGUUCUUCGAGGACACGAGCUUUGAGCGCCGCACGCAGCUCAUGGAGGCCUUUUUCGCACGAAAGCGACCCGACAUGGCAGCGUACGUGUUUGGCCACAUGCGCCAGCACCGCAGCAAGUCGCUGCACCCGCGCAUGGAGACGUACAUGGCCUGUCUGUCAGGUUUCACGCGCCAUCCGGACCUCGCCGGGCUGGAAAUGGUGCACAACAUGCUCAAGAUGGACACGACCGUGCAGACGAAUACCAAGCUGCAGACUGCCCUGAUGCUCGCCUUUACGGCGUGCGACAAGCCGCUGGUGUCGUUGGACUAUUGGCAGCAGAUUACGCAGUCGCAAGAGGGGCCGUCGUACGCGACGCUCGAAGCCGUCUUUUGGGCGCUGGAGCGCAAACCAGGCGGCUACAAGAUGGCGCGCGAGGUCUGGGACCGCAUCGAGAGAAUGGAUCUCGAGGUCUCGACGCGCGUGUACAAUGCGUACAUUGGCGCCGUCGCGGGCGCCGGCUCCGAAAAGGAGAUUCGCGGGCUGAUUAUGAAGAUGCCUUCUGUGGUCGGGGUCGAGCCCGAGCCAAUGACCCUCGCCAUUGCAUACAAUGCCCUACCCGGGCGGCAGCUUCAGAUUGAUUUUGAGACGUGGGCGAAGCUGCAGUACAAGGUGCAGUGGGAGGAGAUUAUAAAGGUUGGCCGCAGAUUGAAUCAGUAUUCGCUGUGCCAAUUCAAAAUCGAUCGCGACAUGCGAGCAGAUGAUUGA